GUUUCACCGGUUGCAAAUCGUUAGGAAAAAACUCGGAAUGGAAGCAUCCGCGCUACUUUUAGCGACCCUCAUUGCUUGUAUUGCGGUUAUGAUUGUACUUUGGGCAAGAAACAGAGAGAAAAACCACAACUUGUUCAAGCGCUAUGGAAUUCCUGGUCCCGAGCCCUCGUUCUGGUGGGGCAACUUAAAAGACAUGAAGUGCAAACCAACCAAAAACGAAACUAUAACUGCGUGGCUCAAGAAAUACGGAGACGUAUUUGGAUAUUUUUUGGGUGAAGUGCCGUUCGUCGUAGUGAAGGACUUGGAAAUGUUAAAGCAGAUGUUCAUCAAAGAUUUUGAAAUCUUUUGUAAUCGACCCUUGCUGAUGGACCUGCCACCUCUAAGGAAAACGCUUAUUGGGUUAGAUGGAAAACGCUGGAAAGAAGUGAGAGGCUUUCUUACUCCGCUCUUCACCUCAGCGAAGAUCAGGCUGAUGAUAGACAUUGUUAGCAGAAAAGUAGACAUCACUGUCGAUGUCGUUGCAAGGAAAGCGCAGAAGAAGGAAGCCUUCGACAUGUACAAGGUUGUUCAAGGGCUGACGCUGGAUGUUAUAGCCGAUUGCGCCCUCGCAAUGAAAACACGCUGCCAAGACAAUCCGCAAGACGCUUUACUCACAUCUGUUCAACAUUAUCUCCACGACGCCCAUACUUCAUCCACAGAUUAUGAAUUCAUGUUCCCAGCCGUAGCGUGCAUCAAGAAAGUUCUCAAUAAAUUCAAGACAGCCAAGGAAAUGACAGAUCUCGUCGUGAGCAGCGUGAGCAAAGCCAUUACUGAAAGGAGCAAGAAUCCGGAAAUCAAGAGCAUGGACUUUUUACAGCUGAUGCUAGACCGACGAGAGAACAAUGAGAUUGCGGCUAGUCUUUCUAAUCAGGACAUUCUUCAUAAUGUGUUUCUUUUUAUUCUUGGCGGCUAUGAAUCGUCGUCGAUAUCAUUAGCUUUUACAUUCUAUUUACUAGCGGAACAUCCAGAGAUUCAAGAAAAGCUGUAUGAAGAGAUUAAGAAAGCAAAUGAUGAUAACUACAUCACAGUGCAAAAUCUUCCAUAUCUCAAUCAAGUCUUAAUGGAAUCUCUUCGAUUAUACCCUCCACUUACAAGAUUCAUAACUCGAGAGUGCAGUGAAGACUAUCAAGUAGGAUCAGUAACAAUACCGAAAGGAGCUAUCGUUGAAGCUCCCGUUUGGGACAUCCAUCACGAUCCAGAUCUGUGGCCAGACCCGUGGAAGUUUGAUCCGGAUCGUUUUUCGCCAGAGAACAAGGCAUCUCUGAACACCAUGGCUUACAUGGCAUUUGGAAUUGGUAGGAGAAAUUGCAUAGCAGAGAAAUUUGCUCUAGCAGAAGCAAAACUAGCGAUAUUUAGACUGGUGAAAAAAUUUCAAUUUGAAGCGUGUGAUAAGACCAAUGGUCUACUGUCUUUGAUAUGCAGAAGUGUCAUGACCUUUCCAGCCGCUGGAAUCAAUCUGAGAGCAGUACCAAGAACUGCUACACUGUAAAAUAAUAAUAAUAAUAAAAUGUAUCAAUAAAUGCAAUUCUUUUUC